UUUAAAUAUCGAAUCAAUAUUAGUCUCAACUCAGCUCUUAAGUAACCUUGUCAUUUUGCUUCAGUGAUAAAUUUAAGAUUCGCAAAUGGAUACUUUUGAUACAUAUCACGCAUUUUUGAUAACAUCCAUUCUACAUUUUGGCGGCUCGACACCUUUGAGUAUAAAAGAUAAUCUGGUGCCUACAGUGUUCAGAUCCGAACAAGUUAUAUUUUCAUCCAGUUCCAAUAUAACUAGACUCUUAGUACCAUCAGAUGGCAGUACAUAUUUUCUGGACGACGUUUCAGAUCUACCAUCUGUAUUUUUUACAAUAAACGAUUCUAGAUUAGACGGUGGCAGUUGUAUUUAUGUCUUGGAAGAUUUAGCUGCAUAUGAAAUACUCGAAGGAGGAAGAGACUCGACUUCCGAUUAUAGUGAAGACAAAUCAGUUUAUUUUGGUGGUAAAGAUGGCGUGUAUAAAUACGAUUCUGAGAGUUUAUCAGCUAAGAAAUUCGGACGGUUUCACGAUGACAUUAUUCAAAUUCAAAAAGCAAAUGGAACCGAUGUAAUAUACUUUUUAACGUCAAACAAUAAACUAUUCAAAUUGGAACAGAAUGGUACAAUUAGAACAAAAAUAGAAGCGGUUACUUGCGCUCUAGAAUUUGUUUUGGAUACAUCAAACAACAUAUAUUUUAUAGCUUGUGUAGAUGGAUUACCACGUAUAAUUAAAACUGAUGGAAACUUAGUUACUUAUAUAGCCAGUAUAACAGAAGAUAUACAAGAAGUUCAUCUGUUACGACCGGCUUUCAUAAUGGUAGAAUGUAUACCAUUCUUCGGCGAUGGAAAUUUAUAUGUGUUGUAUGUUAAUGGAACAAGUGAGAGAAAAGACUUUUAUUUGAACAGAAGAAUAUCAGCAUAUAGUAUUGAUGCAGCUUUGUAUCUGGUUGCGGCCUUAGACGGAAAAAUAUACGAGUAUAAUGUUAUGGAAGCUAUGUUGAAAUCCAUGUUCGGUUUUGCUUCGAAUUGGUCAACAGAUCUUAGUAAAAUUGUAAUGUCCAUCAUAGAAACCACUAAGGAUAGUAUUUAUAAGGAUUGGAAUUCGGUUUUUGAUCAAUAG